AUGAAUACCGAUGCUGCCAAGGAACAGGAGCGCCGCCUCUAUGCAAAGCACAAUAUACGUAACUCCUUCUGUGUAUGGUGUAUUGGUGUCAUCAAUAAUUUCCACUGGAACCUGGUGCACGCAGGCUCAAGCGCCAUCGCUGACAGCUAUGGUAUGAAGAAGUAUGUGGCGCUUAUCACGUGGGCCAAUGUGUUAUUUACUAUUGUCGCACGCAUUGGAAAUGCCUUUGUGUUUCCAUUGCUAUCCUACAAUGUCCGUGUAACCAUAAAGGCCGGUGUGGCAAUUGCAGCACUCCUUAUCGUGAGUUUUGCGUGGGACAUUGGUGGCCACAAGAAUGUGGUGGCUUUUGUUGUAACGCUCAUUGGUGUGGUCUUUGGUGGUAUGGCGAGCUGCUACGGCGAGUCUCUCUUUCUUGGAUACAUUGAACGAAUGCCUUCAUUGCAGAUUGGAUCUUGGUCCUCUGGAACAGGGCUCUCUGGUGUGGUUGCUUCACUAUCCUUUUUGGGAUUGACCUCUGCCGGCCUGAGAAACUCUUAUAUUUUCCUGAUCAGUAUACCUAUUCUGGUUAUAUAUUGGUUGCUCUACUUCUUUGGCCUCAAGAUGCCUUUCUACGUACCGACGAGCCCCGCGAACAACAAAUCCAUUACUGAGGUGGAUGCUCAACCUGUGGAUGGUGAUGAUGAUGAUGAUUACGGCCGGUGCGCAUACAAGGCAAUGUCUAACUGGAAGGGCAUGCCGUGGACAGACAUCAUUCCACCAGAGCCGGAAGAAAAGCCUGAGUGUCUGAAAGAGAUGGAGCGGGAGAAGUUGCGGGCUGCGAUGGGUGAUGACUAUGUGGAACCAUUGGACUCCGACAAUACACCCGAAAACGCACAGAUUGGAAAGUGGGCGCGCUGGAAGCGGGAUACAUGGCCAAUGGCCAAAGAAAUGCACCGUUUUACUGCUUGGAACAACUUCAACCUUACUGCCGUGUACGUUACGGAGUACGUCGUACAGCUGAUGGUACCAUUCAGUUUCCCGUGCGGAGUUAAAGUAUCUGAGAGCUUCUGGCUGAAGAAUUCGUUUGUCAUCUCACAGUUCUGCUACCAAUUCGGUGUGUUGGUAUCCCGCAGCAGCCUUCUCUGUAUCCGUAUCCGCUACGUGUGGAUUAUGACGAUCAUUCAAUUCUUGAAUGCCAUUGCUUGGUUGAUACAGGCGAAGAUAAAGUACAUGUCUGACCCCAAUAAUGCGGACCGUGAACUCAAAUUUGCCUUUGGCCUGUUUGCCUGGAUGAUAUUUGUGGGUCUGAUGGGUGGUUCCUCGUACGUGAAUGUCUUCUAUAACAUCCUUGAAGAGACAAAAAGAAUGCAGGAGGAUGAGGAGAGAGAGAUUGUGGAGUUCGUCACCCGACACCGCUCAAUGGAAAGCGCCAAGAAGUCUGAUGAAGAGGGCCCUCAGAAGAAUGCCAAAGAUGGAGAUUUAAUUGCUUCUGACGAUGAACAAGAGGUGGGUGUGUUGGACAGUGAGCCAGAGGAGCUGCAUGCGGCUCGCAAGUACAUUGCCGCCCUCUGGAAGCAGAGACGCAGUAUGGCAAUGAACAUUGGGGCUUUGUAUGCAUCUAUUGGCAUCACCAUUGGAUCACUAAUUGCCCUCUUCUUUACACUGGUCGUGCUGAAGAAUGACGCAUGCACGUAG